GGGAAGUGCACGUUCUACACAGACGCCUCAGAGAUAAACACACAAAGCAGCGAGACAAACAAAAUGGGAGUGAAAGACAAAAAGAAAAUCACCAAGAACGACUGACUCACUGUAACAGAAGACCAAAGAAAAGUGUGGUAAAUGGACAUUCCUGAAGCCACUGUUUCUCCACUCGAUGUUUCACCUCCACCUCCUUCAUAUACUGAAGCUACUCAGAGUCCACAGCCCCAAACUCCACCUCCUACUUAUGGAGAAGCAGUGUUGUUUGUAGUGGGUGUUCAUCCUCCGCAGUUGGACAGUGCUGUGUCUCCUUAUCCAAUCCUCAGCAUUCCCACAGAAAUCACAGCCGUACAUCACACACAGACAGUGUUUGUUCAGCCUUCACCCCAUCAGCUGAUUCCACACCAGCAGUUGGCUGGAACACUGGGUGAUGCUCCCACUGUGAUUAUCUGCCCUCAUUGUCAUCACCAAAUUACCACCAGUGUGUGUUAUAAACCUGGGAAUGCAGCAUGGGCCAUGUGCUGCCUGCUGACACUUUUGGGACUCAUCUGUGGAUUCUGUUUAAUUCCCUGCUUCAUGAAAGAAUUCCAGGAUGUUCAUCAUUCAUGUCCUGCCUGUAAAAGAUCUGUGGGGAUACAUGUUCGCUAACAUACACACACACACACACACACACACACACACACACACACACACACACACACACACACACACACACAGUUUAUUCCCAUCACUUUUGAGUAUUUACACUAAAACUAAUUGAUUUGUGAGUUUAUUCUUGGACACUGUAAACACUGGUAAAUGUGAUGCUCUCAUGCACUUUAGUUGGAUUUAGUCUGUGGAUGAAUUUUAUGUUUUAAAUAGAUGUACAAAAUAAAAUACAUUUAUUCAGGUUUCCUUGAAAUAAUGACAGAUACACAAUAAUAAAACCCAUGCAGUAAAACCUGCAGCACGUCACAUCAGUGUCACAUCAGUGUCACAUCAGUGUCACAUCAGUGUCACAUCAGUCUCACAGCUCUAUCAGUGUCAAAUCAGUGUCACAUCAGUGUCACAGCUCUAUCAGUGUCACAUCAGUGUCACAUCAGUGUCACAGCUCUAUCAGUGUCACAUCAGUGUCA